GGCGUGCCUCACAUAUUGUUGGCCAGGAGGAGAAAGAAAGAGCAGGAUACAGAAUGGCAUCUCUCGGACUCAAGGCGAUUGUAGGAGAAAAGGUCAUGAACGAUGUCAUUAGGAAGGUGAAAAAGAAGGGAGAGUGGAAGGUUUUGGUGGUUGACAAGCUUAGCAUGAGAAUGGUCUCAUCAUGCUGUAAAAUGACUGACAUAAUGUCUGAGGGAAUUACAAUUGUUGAGGACAUAACCAAGCACCGUGAGCCUCUUCCUACCAUGGAGGCAAUAUAUCUCCUCACUCCAUCUGAUGAGUCAGUUGAGGGACUCAUCAAUGACUUCAGAGACCCCCGUAAUCCUAUAUACAGAGGGGCCCAUGUUUUCUUCACAGAUGCAAUCCCAGACUCUUUGUUCAACUUAAUAAGUAAAUCCCGUGCCUCCAAAAUCAUAAAGACACUGACUGAAAUAAACAUCGCUUUUUUGCCCUAUGAGUCACAGGUGUUCUCAGUGGACCGACCAGAUGCCUUCCAGGACUUCUACAGUCCGUUUAAAGCAGAUGUGAAGAACCAGGUGUUGGAGCGUUUAGCCGAACAGAUAGCCACCCUCUGCUCUACACUGAAGGAGUACCCUGCUGUUAGAUACAGAGGAGAUUACAAAGACAACGCCAUCUUGGCCCAGAUGCUACAAGAUAAACUGGACGGUUAUAAAGCGGAUGACCCUACUUUAGGAGAGGGACCGGAUAAAGCUCGCUCCCAGUUAUUGAUUCUGGAUCGAGGUUUUGACCCCGUCUCACCACUUCUGCAUGAGCUCACAUUUCAAGCCAUGGCCUAUGACCUGCUGCCCAUUGAGAAUGACGUUUACCAGUAUGAGACCAGUGGAAUGGGUGACACUCGUAUGAAAGAGGUCCUUUUGGAUGAAGAUGAUGACCUGUGGAUGACCCUGAGACAUAAGCACAUUGCAGAGGUGUCCACGGCUGUGACUAAAUCGCUCAAGGAUUUCUCCGCAAGCAAAAAGAUGAGCACAGGAGAGAAGACCACUAUGAAAGAGCUCUCCCAAAUGCUUAAAAAGAUGCCACAGUACCAGAAGGAGUUAAGCAAGUAUUCCACUCACCUGCACUUAGCUGAAGACUGUAUGAAGCAUUACCAGGGCACAGUGGACAAACUUUGCCGUGUGGAACAGGAUCUUGCCAUGGGCACAGACGCAGAGGGUGAGAAGAUCAAAGACCCGAUGAGAGCUAUCGUUCCCAUCCUACUUGACGCCAAUAUCACCAUAAUGGACAAAAUUCGUAUCAUCCUGCUUUACAUCUUUCUUAAAAAUGGUGUGUCGGAAGAGAAUCUCUGUAAGCUUCUUCAGCAUGCACAGAUCCCUCCAGAGGACAGUGAUAUCAUCUCUAAUAUGGCCCAUAUGGGGAUUCCCAUCGUCUCCGAGCAAGUAACCACGCGUAAGGGCAAGAAAGCUGACCGCAAGGAAAGAAUCAGUGAGCAAACGUAUCAGCUGUCCAGAUGGACUCCUCUGGUUAAAGACAUCAUAGAGGACGCCAUUGAAGACAAACUGGACCCAAAACAGUACCCUUACAUCUCCACACGCACGGCUUCCUCUAAAACAACCACAGCUACCAGUGCCCGAUAUGGUAACUGGCAUAAAAACAAGAGCCCAGGAGAGAUACGCAACGGCCCACGGAUCAUUGUCUUUAUCAUCGGAGGCAUGACCUACAGUGAGAUGCGCUGCGUCUAUGAGGUCACACAGGCCAACGGCAAAUGGGAGGCUCUGAUUGGCUCCACCCACACCAUCAUACCCGUUAAAUACCUGAAACAUCUGCAGCACCCGGACUUCCUGGACCCCAAUGCGGCCCCUGAGGACCAACUUCCUGCAGAGGAUAAGUGAGGAAAACAAGGAGUAAGAAUCUGGUGACAUUAUGGUCUUUCUCGUAAUCCUUACAGAUUGCUGUCACACUUCACCUCACAAACACAUCACAACCUAUACAUUACAUCUCUGCGUAAAAUAGUAGGUUCAUUGUUACUUAUUGAGACUAUAGUAAUGUCUAAUUGUUAAGUACUUAACUAGCCUCAGUUACAGUUAGAAUCAACACUGGGUGACAUCAGACUUGUCAGCUAAAUGAAACAUACAGAGACAACUUAUGUCUGGUUAUUUAAUGGCUCCUUAGGACCCGUUCAGGCAUCAUUGUGGAUUGUUAGUAAUACGAAAUAAAUAAAUGUUUAUGUGUAGCUCAACAGAAGAUCAUUUAAAUAUUCCCAGUGCACAUUAUUGUUUCAUCCUUGCAAAAGUGAUUUAGGAGAAUUAAAUGUGACUUGUUUCAGAGUAGUUCUUACCUGCCACGCACUGGUCUGAUGUGUGUGAUCAUGUUAAUAUUGAAUGUCCAUUGUUAAUCUUAGUGGUUUGUUAGUAGUUACAUAGAGUUGGUAUCAUAUAUUUUACAGUAAAAUAUUUUUCUGUGAAAUGUACUGUAUUUUUAGUAAAAAUUAGCACUGAAUGACUUGUGCAGUAUGUAGUAUACUCUAAAAACAAAUGGUACUAAAUAGCGCUAAAAGUGGUUCUUGGCUCUUAAUCAUAGAGGAACCAUUUUUAGUAUUUUUUCUAUAUAGCACCUAUGAAGAACCAUACGGGGGUCAUAUAGCCCCAUUAUAGCAACACAUAUGGUUCUACACCCGUGCAAGACAGGUACUUUAUCUGUGCUAUAUGGCACUUAAAAUGGUUCCUCUAUGAUUACGAGCCAAGAACCAGUUUUAUUGCUAUUUAGCACCGUUUGUUUUUAGAGUGUA